AUGCUCAUUUCGGCAAAUGAUCCGGAUGAAUCUGUCAAUCAUACCUUAUCCAUCUAUGAUGAGGAGCUUACACCAUUCACAAUUGAUAAAUAUACCGGGCAGAUCAGCUUGAGACAGAAACUCGAUCGAGAAAAGGAGUCUUCCUAUCGCCUUCGUGUUCGAGUGAGCGAUGGUACAUGGGCAGUACAGACAGGAGCAGCAAUCACUGUUCUGGACGUCAAUGACAAUGCUCCUGUUUUCGAAAAAGAUCGAUAUGUAUUCAUUGUGAAUAGAUUGCAGGUCAAUCAAUCGAUCGGCAGAAUUCAAACCACUGAUGCAGACGAGGGGAUGAAUGGAGUUGUUCACUAUCGUUUCGAUAAAGAUCGAUGCUUAUCGAUUGAUGUGAUCAGCGGCGAUCUGCGAUUGCUCUGCGUACCUCAUAGAGGUGUGAUUACGAUUACCGUUACCGCUCAAGAUAAUGGCAUGCAGGCGAUGACAUCAACCACCGUGGUUACGGUAGUCUUCCCAACAGGAAGCAAGACCGAGUGUGGAAUCCCAGUGAACAUAGGCACCAUCAAUGGCACUCUUCUGACCAGAUUGGCUGAGUACUGUAACGAUGACGUCAACGAAAAGGUAUAA